AUGAAUUGCAAGAGCGGCGAUGACGAGACGUGUAAGCGAAGGAACGCGACGUCCUUGAGUUAUUACAUCGCGAGCUUGCUCGUAACGUUGGAAUAUGCUCGAAUUUGGCCCGACGGCGAGUCGUUCCCGUCGUGUAAAAUAUUGCUUUCAUCAGGAGCGACAAUUAUCUUUAUUUGCGCGAACUUUCUGCUCUUGCUCUCGGAAAUUGCGGUGCUCACAAUGAGAUGCAAUUUGGAACUGUUCGCUAAUAUCAUUGGCGUAAUUGGUAUGCACGCCGUGGGUUUAGUAAAAUGGUGCUAUUGUAUAAAAACAAAUGGUAUAAUUGUUGAUAUGGUAAUGACGUUAGAAAAAUGCCACGUGCUCUGCCAGCGGAUUGACAAUAGCGAGGAUGGAUAUCAAAUAUACAGAAGUCAAAUGGAACGCGCUCGUCAAUAUUCUACCUACUUUAUACGGGGAUGGAUGAUUACUUGCAUUUACGGCAUUCUACACUGGUGUGCCAAUCCAUUAUUCAUCACAUCAUGGACAGAAAUGGAUUUUACGUCGAAUCACACGUCGACAAAAAGAAACUUACCGUACAUAACGUGGUAUCCGCUGGACGUUGAUAAUAUUUACAAUUACAUAUGUUUGUAUUCCAUGCAGGUAAUCGGCGGGCUAUCUUCCGCGAUUGGAAUCGUUUGUUACGACAGUCUCUACGUUACCAUACUGAUGAUUAUUUGCGCACAAUUCCAAUAUAUCAACACGAUACUAACGAAGACUAAUUUUGAUAAUGUGUCAACACUCGAGAAAAAAUUGAAAAACUGCGCGGACUGUCACGCAGAGAUUAUAAAAUUUCUAAAGAUGUUACAAUCUUUCACCGGUCCGACAAUGUUCGUGCAAUGCAUCGAAACGUUAAUUGGCAUUUGUUUAGUCUCAUUUCAAACAUCGGCAAUUGUCGUGAUAAACAAAGAAACUAUUUUAAUAUUAUGGUCAUUGUUCGAGUACUUUAUAUGUCUCAAUAUUCAAUUGUAUUUCUUCUGCUUCUAUGCCACUCGGCUCGAACAUCUGGGCACGCAAAUUUCGCAUUCGGUAUAUUCUUGUGGAUGGGAGCUUGUAAAUGUUGAAAAAAAAAGAGAAUCGAAUUUCAAGACACAGUCGCAAAAUCAUAGUAUAUAUUCUUUAGUGCAAACGAUAAUUUUACGAGCGCAGAGACCAAUUGUUUUAACCGGCGGUCCAUUUUACGCGCUCUCGUUGGAAACUUUUAGAGCCAUCUCCACGAUGGCAGUAUCAAAUUCUGUAUUUUUGCACACAGUCUCCAGUGCGAAUGAAUGA